CAUCAGCUUCUCCUUUGUCCAGUUGCCACUAGGGUUUUAGACCAUGUCCCUGUACCGCCUCCUCCUCCGUUCCCUCCAUCAACGUCGCGAAUAUUUUACGGCCACCCAGCCCUUGUCAGGCUCUUUCAUCCAUCACAUACUCCCCAAUGCUUCUGAUUCCGAUUCCUGUCUCACCCCAGCACAACGACAAGCCCGCCGUUCCUUCGCCUUCUCUUCCGCAGAAGAAGCAGCCGCUGAACGCCGCCGGAGGAAGCGCCGCCUUCGGAUAGAGCCUCCUCUCCACGCUCUCCGAUCUCAGCAUGCCAAUCCACCCCCUAAUUCUGGUCCUCCCCGCCCUGCUCUACCGGAUUCGACUUCCGCACUUGUUGGCCCCCGGCUUAAUCUCCACAAUCGCGUGCAGUCACUAAUCCGCGCCUCUGACCUGGAUGCUGCCGCCCUUCUUGCCCGCCGGUCUGUUUUCUCCAACAUACGACCCACUGUCUUCACCUGCAAUGCCAUCAUCGCAGCCAUGUAUCGUGGCAAGCGCUAUGACGAUGCCAUCGCCCUCUUCCACUACUUCUUCAACCAGUCUAACAUUAUUCCCAACGUGGUAUCUUACAAUAAUCUCAUCAACGCCCACUGUGACAAGUCCGAAGUGGACACUGCUCUCCAAGUUUACGGCCACAUCAUUGCCAAUGCACCGUUCAGCCCAUCCCAUGUCACUUACCGACAUCUGACGAAAGGCUUGAUUGAGUCUAACCGGAUUGGUGAGGCCGUCGAUCUCUUACGCGAGAUGUUGAACAAGGGUCAUGGGGCUGAUUCCUUGGUGUACAAUAAUCUGAUUAGUGGGUUUUUGGAGAUGGGGAACUUGGACAAGGCCAAUGAAUUAUUUGACGAGUUGAAGGAGAGGUGUUUGGUGUAUGACGGGGUUGUUAACGCAACCUAUAUGGACUGGUUCUUCAGGCAAGGUAGGGAUAAGGAGGCUAUGGAGUCUUACAAGUCCUUGAUGGACCGUGGAUUCAAGAUGGUACCCGCCACUCGUAAUGUGCUCCUGGAGACAUUGCUUAAGCACGGUAAAAAGGCGGAAGCUUCUUACUUGUUUGAGCAGAUGCUGGACGAUCACACUCCACCAAAUUUUCAGGCAGUGAAUUCCGAUACUUUUAACAUAAUGGUGAAUGAGUGUUUCAAACUUGGGAAGUUUGCGGAAGCAGUUGAUACCUUUAAGAAGGUAGGGACAAAGCCUGGGUCGAGGCCUUUUACCAUGGAUGUUGCUGGGUACAGUAAUAUCAUUGUGAGAUUUUGUGAGAAUGGAAUGCUAACGGAGGCGGAGAGGUUUUUCACCGAGUUGUGUUCCAAGUCACUGAGCCCUGAUGCCACAAGUUAUAGGACAUUGAUUGAUACCUAUCUUAAGAUGGAGAGGGUAGAUGAUGCUUUGCAGAUGUUGAAUAAAAUGGUGGAGGCUAGGUUGAGGGUAGUUGUGGGUUUUGGGACUAGGGUAUUUGGUGGGUUGAUUAAAAACGGAAAAGCCGUGGACUCUGCCCAUGUUCUGUUGAAAAUGGGAGAGCAAGAUCCAAAACCUGAUGCUCUAAUAUAUGAUGUUGUGGUUAGGGGGCUUUGUGAUGAGGAUGCAUUUGAUAUCGCCCGGGAUGUACUGGAUCAGGCUAUGAGGCAGAAUGUUGGUGUUACUCCUGCACUGGAGGCAUUUGUGCGUGAUGCUUUUGGGAAAGUGGGACGGGUACAAGAGAUUCAGAAUCUUCUGGAUCCCAAUAGGUGGGGAUUAUCAAGGCCUCUUCAAAUGGGAGGGCAGACACAAUCAAGGCCUCCUCAGUUUCAAGGGCUGCAGCGAUUUGGACCACCGUAAAUGGCUGGAUAAAGGACAUCAUUCAUUCGGAGCCCCUAAACAACUGGGCAACCACCAUCCAGGUGUGAGGUGUUGACAACCCAUGAAUUAGACAAAAUUGAUCAUACAAAAGCUGUGACUCAGUAUUUAUGUGCCUUUUUGGGACAAUAUAUGGUGAUUUAAUGAGUUCUGAGGCAUAUCCAUUACUCUUCCUUGUAUUAUCCUUUAUUUUAUGUCAGUAUAUGAUGCCUAUCCAACUUAUCAUAUUAGUUUUUUCUCUCUUUGAUGAAGAAAUAUAAUUUGCAUCUGAUAUUUUUUGUGCAUGGAUUUGAAUUUUGGAUUAUGUAAUAAAAUGUUUCAGAGUUUCCAUAUCA